GAUAGUCGCGAGAUCGUUCUGUUGUCUCGCGUCGCGAUUUGGCUCUGUACUUGUUAUACCUAUAUACCUGCAUAUUACGAUCUUAGCCCGUGCAGUACGGACGCACGGCUGGGAUAUAAUAUAAUAUAUAGCGAUGCGUGUCAGUGGUGUCAGUGCCAAUUAUUCGGUGGGUCGUGCGCGCGGUCGACGUUGAAACCGGGGGACGAGGAAAGGGAAUAAUCGAAGUAAAUUUCGCGGCGCUCGAAGGGUUCCCCCUAGCAGAGUGUUAUCUUGUAAACAGUUUUGUGUAUACCUUGGAGACGUAAAGAAGGCCCUCUUGCAUGCCGGGGAUCCGUGAAUUAAGCACUGGAAUGCCCGGACGAGGCCGAGGACGCACUCAAGUACCUGGCGAUGAAAAUUGAGACUUCCCAAGACAUGACGUAAGGAAGCAGUGAGAGAGCAAAAUUAUCAAAAUGGAGGGUCCCACGCCGUAGUGGUAUACCAUGUUAGUACCACAGUCACUGAUCCCCAUGGACACUCUACCGAACAUGUUGUCGGUCCUCGACGAGGAGACAAACGUCGACAUAGACGAUGUCUUCCCUCCGCACGUAGACACGUCCAACAUCGUCAUCCAGCCAGAGUCACCGACGAGCAAGAAGCAGACUUUGAAGACCUUCGCCGAGGUAAACAACCUCCUGCAGUCCGGUAGGAAACGCGAGGUCAAGCUCCUCAUCCGAGAUAACGCUUGGCCACUGAACAACGGCAUCAGGGCGCAGCUCUGGCCAGCUCUCUGCAAUCAGCAUGCUCACGGCAAGAGUAUGCUCGACGGCUUCUACUGGGACAUGGUCAACCAGGUCUUCGGAACCACAGAACUGCCAGAGAAGUCUAUCAUGCUACCGCCAUUUGUAGACAGUACACAUUGUCUGUCCUACAAUCUCACGAGGAAGGGAAGGAGUGUCGCGGACAGGGUAGUUUCCGUCCUGGGCUAUGCUUGUCCCGACAUUACCUUCAGCCCUUCUCUCUAUCCGAUCACAGCACUCCUCUUGCACUUUAUGCCAGAGGAAGAGUGCUAUCAUUGCAUGGCAAGCUUAGUGGCUGCUAAGGAGAAGAUGUUCAUCACGCAGACCAAGCUCCUCUACGAGGUCACUUGGAAGACUGUGGAGCAGAUCACUAAGAAGCACGUGAAAUCCGCCGCUGUACACUUGGCGAGGCAUUGCUCCGGCUCCAGGGCCGAGAGGAUCUACAUGGACUGGAUCUGGUGGAUCCUUCAGCUACUUCCCUUUCAACAUCUAGUCAGGGUCAUGGACUGCUUCCUUCACGAAGGCAUCAAAGUCUUCUAUCGAGUAGCCAUGGCCAUCGUUUUACUCUUCUACAAACACUCGUCCUCGCAGACCUCCGAGUGGAUGAACGAGAUUUCGAAGAACGGAAUCGACGCCGCACUUUCGAAAUUCUGCAGACAAAUACCGGUGACAACAGCUAAAUUCUUACGUACAGCCUUUGGCAUUCGUGGGUUAAGCUCGGCUUACAUAUCAAGAGUAUUUUUGCGAACUGAGAUGGCUCUCAAGAGCCAGAGUGUACUUCGUGGGUCCAGGUCGCUGGCCAGAUCGAGAUCUACGGAUAAUCUGCCUACCAGUCAGUCGCAAGUCAACAUACAGAUGAUGUCCCAUACGCUCACCAUACGAGAGAAAGAGUGUGAAGACACGUACAAAGACAGGGGCGCACACAGUCCUGGACCGCGCGCUCUAUCGAUGGGCGUUUACCCUAUACAAAGCAUACGCUCCCAGAUCCUAGACAUGCCUGAUUUGUUUACACUCUGGUCUUGGCUGCCCGUGAGGAUCACCAUGUACCAGCCGAUCCUUCUCUACACCACGGAGGAGCAUGGCUGCUCGCUCACCACCUUUUACGUCAGAGUCGAACAGCACGAGCCUACGCUUCUUAUGAUAAAAACUUGCAACAACGAGGUAUUCGGUGCCUACUGCUCUACGAGAUGGUGCGAGCGUAAUUUGAAGGACGACAAGGGACAACGACAGGCGUAUUUCGGCACUGGAGAGACAUUCCUGUUUAGCUUGUAUCCGGAGAGAGCCAAGUACCCAUGGGUGGGUAUGGAUUCCUCGCACAAUGAUCCCAGGGUGCAUCAUUCGGCCGAGCUCUUCAUGGCAGCUGAUGCCAAGAUGAUCACCAUUGGCGGAGGGGACGGUCAGGCAAUAUGGAUGGACGAGAACAUAAGGUUCGGCAAGACGGACAGAUGCUCGACCUUCAAUAAUCCACCCUUGUGCGCCAGCGGAGACUUCGAGAUCAGGGUGUUGGAAGUGUAUGGGUUCGCUGGUGCCUGAAGUGUCAGGACCGGACACGCGUCUUCGUUCGACGAAGGGAUGGAUGCCAAGGAAAGAAACAAACAAAAAUAUGUCAACUGCCAUUUAAAAUGAAACAACUCUCUAAACCUCGUCUCGUCUUCGUCGGCGCGAAGGAUGCGGGAAGACGGGGACGAGGAUGUGACUGGAAAACAGACAAUGGAAGGAGAAUAAUACGUGAAAGGGAAGAAAGGUCGAAGUCAUAGUAUUAUCCUGUUCGUUUGUGUCGUCGUUGAUAGCUUUAAUUCCUUCUUUUUUUUUUUUUAUCAUUAAACGGGGAGGAAAAGUGAGAAUUAAGUAAUGAAAGACUCGAAAGGGUCGAAACGGAUUAUAAGGAUGCAACAUGUCAUAUUUUUCGUUACACCGUGUAUAAUUAUAUACAUGGUGAUCGGACUGCUUAGUUUACGCCUUCGUUAUUUAUCUUUCUGUGUAUAUAUAUAUUUAUAUAUAUAUAUAUAUAUAAUAGGCGCGUAAUAAUCUAAUCACGUAAUAAUCUAUCCGUUAUGCUGUUAGCUAUAUUUUAUGUAGAUUAGUCAGACGAUCAACGGCGGAUUGUCUAAUUCCGUCGGGAAGGUACCGAAGAACCUUGACAAUAACAUUAAUUGUGUCGAACAACAAUCGUAGGUCAUAGGCGAGAGCUGGCAUAUCGGGUUGUUAUCAGCUCCUAUCGGACGGUAUAGAAAGUUUAAAAGGUGAAUACUUAAUAUUCAUUGGACCAGAAAUAUCGUUAUAGAGGCCUCCUCUCCUCUGCUACCUUCUCCUUUUCUCUUUCUCCUCCCCCCCUAUUCCUUUACCUUUAUCCUUUCCUGUCCUGUAUAUAUAAUCAUAUACAUAUACACACACGAAGGUAUAUGAUUAUUCUACUGUAUGCCUAAUUUACGAAUAUCACAAAAAAAAAGAUUUGUAUAAACGCGUUGUUUCCUAAGAUUUAUUUAAUUAGCGCUCGUUGCUAGUAGUUUAUAAUCGUUAGUUUUUGUGUUUAUAGAGCUCCUAUUGUAUAUACAUAAUAGGCGGAUAUACGUGACUGGGCAUAUGUGUAUAUAUAUAUAAAUUAUAUUAUAUAUAUAUAUAUUAUGUGUGUGUAUUUAUGUGUUACUAAAAAGAAAAAAGUAAAAAUUAUAGAAAAGAUACAAAGUGUAAGAGCGUGCGAGGCGUAGACGUUAUAUAUUUCACAGAGCCUAUCAGUCAUAUACAUACUAUAUGCUCAAAUACGUAUGUGUCAUUAUGUACCGGUUCUUCUUGUAUGUACAUAGUUAUAAAUAUGCACGUAUAUGCAUAUAUAUAUAUAUACAUAUGAAAUGCAGUGCGGAUUCGGCCAGUGUGAAACAAUGGCGAAUCCUGGGGGCUGAAGUUGCACGCGAGGACACGAUUGAUAUAGAACGGAAAAAGCUUCGAAGAGGCUAAAAAGCAAGCUGAAUCCCCAAUUUACACACCGAUACGUACAAAUGUUCUUUACCGUAGAGGCUCAUACGAAUUAUUGAUCGAGAUUUUUAAGAUUGUUCGUAGUACUAUUAUUAUUAUUCCUCUACUAAUUAUUUCUUUACUUUCUAUAUUCAUUUUUGGUAAUCUUUAUGAUUUCUCUCUCUCUCUCUCUCUCUCUCUCUCUCUCUCUCUCUCUCUCUCUCUCUCUUUCUUUCUUUCACACACACACACACACACUACGAGUAAAGGUACAUUGACAGUACCUUGUGAAUUUCCAUAUGGUAUUUCAAUGUUUUAGUUUUAUUUUAUUUUAUUUUUGUUCCUGCUCCCAUCGGGUGUUGGCACCACUUCCUUAAUUCUUGCCCCGGCCACAGCCGAAUUCCUUCAUCAGUCAAAAUCAGCAAUCUGUCACGACAAAAAUUCUCUAAGAUCCUCUCGAACUGCUCUCAGACUUUUUAAAGGCCAAAACCGGCCGAUUAUACCCCACACACUUUACGUUCGCUAAAUAUUUCUAAUACAUCUUUGUUCUUCUACCUCUUGGGAUUUAACGGCUCUACGUAAAGCGCCCAGGUGUAUAAGUGUUAAGUAGUGAGGGUGAAUAUGAUUCGAAGGGGGAUCGCUUACGAUUUAAGGUACUCAGUUAUUUGUUAUGGCGAAUCUGACUCCUCUUAUGGUAGCUGAUUGUUAUUUCUUGUUGCGUAUCAUUCGAAUGACGUUACGUUGUUGACAUUGCAAUGCGAGCGACCGCGAGCGCGCUCUCGUGACUUUUUACGUAAUUACUUUACCUGCCAAUCCAUCUUGACACGCGACGCUCCGAUAUGUAAGGAAUGAGCAAGCGUUAAAGUUCUUUUUAUCCUUUUUGUUGUUUUUUUCUUUCGGAGGCGAAACGCGGCAGUUCUUUUUCUUUCGCGAAUGGGAAUCAAAGUGGACUGUUGUUUUUUUUUGUUUCUUUGUUUUUCGUUCUCAUUAUCCUCGUUCCAUGACCGACAUAUCAUAAAUUUGUUUUUUUUUCCUCGUUUUCGUGAAUUACUUUUUUUUUUUACGCACACAUGAUCUCACAGGGCGGCGGAUGCACCAAAGUAUCACGAGUACAUUGAAUCCAGCUUGCUUUGAUUGCGUUUAUUGUCACAGGGAAAUGGGGGUCGAGGGAGGGAGGGCUUGUUUUCACAAAGUUGGUUAUUAUUCUUCCUUGUUUUUCUUUGUAUUUCUGUUUAU